GCGGACAGAAGGGUUCGGUGACCAGUGACACUCUUUCAAUUUCCUCCACUCCCAGAACUCAGGUGAGGCAGGGACCGCCGCCCACCCUUCCGCCCCUCCCUCCUCUACCUCCACCUGCGCACACACGCACGCACACACCUGAAAUAAGAGAGAAAAGCAGAUAUUCAACAAGAAAGGGAAAAGAAGAGAGAGAGAGAGAGAGAGAGAGAGCAAGAGGCACACAGACAGACAGGCAGUGAGAGAGAGAGAGCGAGAGACAGACAGACAGACAGAGAGAGAGAGAGAGAGAGAGCAAAAUGGAGGGUGAUCUGUGCCCCCUUUCUCUGUCACAGCCAGCAGCCACAGACCUGCCUGAUAUUGCUCAGUUUUUAUCUAUUUAUAUGUCUGAGGAAGAGACACUAGCUCUGCAGGAGGGACGAGUGAGCAGUGUGAUGAGCCACAGUGUAUUCACAGCCACAGAGCAGCCCACACAGCACACAGAAUUGACACCACAGCCAGCACUACCACCACCGCCACCGCCGCCACCACAACAGCAACAGCAACAACAACAACAACAACAACAACAACAACGGGAUCAUGAUUUCAGUGUCAUGUCUCUGGUCUCUCACAGCCCCAAUGCAGAGCACACUGCUUGGCGCCACCUGCGGCCCACUGCACCGCGUUCACCCAGUGACUCGGCCCCGCGUGUGCACUGUUUAUCGCCUGACUCCUUCACCGUGCCUAAAGUUGUAGAAGAGAGGAAGCAUGUUGUGCUUACACUGAAGCAGCCAAUCAGAUCAGCUGGUCUUUGAUGUGGUAAGAUGUGUGAGUGUAGGGAUUGUGGACACAAUUUCACUUCUAUUCAAGUAUCCGGCAUGUCGGCGGUCCCGUUGAUGCCGGAUAAGAGGGAUUUUACCGCAUAAUGCUUUAACCUAGCAGUCGUCCAUUUAGGGUUUUUUUUGUGUGAUCUUAUUGUCCUAUACGGGAUAUUUGCUGACUGGCCCGUGUGAAAUUUAUCUACGAAAUAUUUAUACAAUUCAUCUACAUUUACCUCACCCAAUCCCCUCAUCUUGGCCCCUACCAUCCUCUCCACUCCCUCGUUUACUCGCCUCGACCUCACCUCUCUCAUUUCAGCAUGACCUGACAUUCCAACACACUCACACCUGUCUGCCCCUUCCUCUCUCCUCCGCCCCUUAUGGACACAUCUUGCCUCCUGUUGUCCUGCACCCUCGCGCCUCACCUCGCGUCUCACCCUGCCUUAUCUCUCUGAACUCCGUCCCUGACCUGACCUGACCCUGCAUCCCUUGCCAGUCCAGUCCUUGGAGGUACCUUUUUAAUUCCUCAAAGUGUGUUUUCCUAAAGUCAGGUAUUUUACUAGUCUUUUUGCUUCUAACAGUUUAUUAUUCCCAUUCUAAAUUGUACCUAAUUUCCCUAUGGUCACUGUUACCUCCAACUGCUGCCCUCCAACCUCUACCUGCGUGACUCUAGUAGUAGUAGUGGUGGUGAUGGUGGUGGUAGUAGCAGUAGUAGUAGUAUUAGUGGUGGUGAGAGAGAGAGAGAGAGAGGGAGAGAGAGAGAGAGAGAGAAAGAGAGAGAGAGAGAGAGAGAGAGAGAUUGGUUUUCAGAGUGGUGGGUAAGUGUAUUGGGCUAGAAUGCGUCUGAAAUGGGCUGGAUUGGGCUAGAAUGGACUGUAUUGAGCUGGAAUGGGCUAGAAUGACCUGGAUUGGGCUAGAAUGGGUCUGAAAUGAGCUGGAUUGGGCUAGAAUGGGCUGGAUUGGGGCGGAAUGGGCUAGAAUGGGCUGUGUUGGGCUAGAAUGGGCUAGAAUAGGCUGGAUUGGGCUAGAAUGGGCUGUAUUGGUCUGGAAUGGGCUAGAAUGACCUGGAUUGGGCUAGAAUGGGCUGGAUUGGGCUGAAAUAGGCGGGAAAGGUCUGGAUUGGGCUGGAAUGAGUUGGGGUGAGGUAGAUUGGGCUGGAAUAGGCUGGGAUGGGCUGGAUUGGGCUGGAAUGAGUUGGAGUGAGCUGGAUUAGGCUGGAAUAGGCUGGGAUGGGCUGGAUUGGGCUGGAAUCGGCUGGAUUGGGCUGGAUUGGGCUGGAAUGAGUUGGAGUGAGCUGGAUUGGGCUGGAAUAGGCUGGGUUUGGCUGGAUUGGGCUGGAAUAGGCUGGGUUGGGCAGGAUUGGGCUACAAUGAGGUAAAUAAUGGGACUGUUUGUCAAGAUUGAAAAAAAACAUGAUUUUUCUUAAAAUAUAAAAAAAAAAUUUAUUUGAUUUAAAUUAUAUUUUUUUGUAUUAAAGUUAUUGUUGCUUUAUUUUAUUUAUUUUUAUUUAUUUAUUUUGUUUUUUGUUUAGUAAGCUUGUGUGAGUGAUGAGGCCAUGCUGUUGUUGUUGUUAUUGUUGUUGUUGUUGUUGUUGUGAAGCAGGCCAGUGUUCGUGACACAACACACUCCAUUACACAGUUAACAAACAAAUAAUUUUUUGCAUUAAGAAAUGACAAAUAGCAGAAAGUGUAAUCAGAUCAGUUAUAUUAAACCAACUAACUUCGCAUUAAAAAAAAAAAAAAAACAUAAGCUCAUUAAACUUCAUAAUUAAAUUUAUUAUCAUUAUUACCAACAAAA